GCAUGCGCAGUGCGCGGAGCCCAUUUCCUCUUCUGCAGGCCUGGCUGAGUGAGAGAGCAGCAGCAGCAGCAGCAGAAAUCAGUUCCGUUUUAUUUCUACAGCGUUUUGACUGGAUGAUAAACCGAAUUAAGCUCCUUUUCCGCCCCCAAGACAAGUCCGUGAAGUAGAAGGCGUCUGUUUAGUGCCUGAGGAGAGACAGAAAGGGAAACAGCUCCAACACGAAUCUUGAUUUCUGAGCUGAACCGCAGUUGCUGAGAAUAAGAGCAGAGCUCUGAUGCUACCUGUUACUCUGUGACACCUGCUUGUGGAGACUUCGACCCCCCCGACACACACAAUGUCUGGGCUACAGACACCAUGGCCGCCGGGUACGGAGUGUGUGGCUAAGUAUAACUUUCAGGGCACCACAGAGCAGGAUCUGCCCUUCUCUAAAGGAGACGUCCUCAGCAUCAUCGGAGUCACAAAGGACCCUAACUGGUACAUGGCAAAGAGCACAGUGGGGAAGGAGGGAACAAUUCCAGCCAACUACGUGCAGAAACGAGAAGGAGUGAAAUCAGGAGGGAAACUGAGCCUGAUGCCAUGGUUCCACGGUAAGAUAACGCGGGACCAGGCCGAGCGGUUGCUCUACCCUCCAGAGACGGGGCUCUUCCUGGUGCGCGAGAGCACCAACUACCCCGGCGACUACACGCUAUGUGUGAGCUGUGAGGGGAAGGUGGAGCAUUACCGCAUCAUCUACCACAACGGCAAGCUGUCCAUCGAUGAGGAGGAGUACUUCGAGAAUCUCAUGCAGCUGGUGGAGCAUUACACCAAAGACCCUGAUGGUCUGUGUACUCGAUUGAUCAAGCCAAAGCUCAUGGAGGGAACAGUCGCAGCACAGGAUGAGUUCUCCAGGAGUGGCUGGGCUCUCAAAAGAAAGGACCUGAAACUCAUUCAGACCAUCGGCAAAGGAGAGUUUGGAGACGUAAUGGUGGGAGACUACAGAGGGACCAAGGUGGCGGUGAAGUGCAUCAAACACGACGCCACGGCGCAGGCCUUCAUCGCCGAGGCUUCAGUCAUGACGCAAAUGAGGCAUCCUAACCUGGUGCAGCUGCUGGGAGUGAUCGUGGAGGAAAGGGGCAGCCUUUUUAUCGUCACCGAGUACAUGGCCAAGGGCAGUUUGGUGGACUACCUGCGCUCACGAGGUCGCACUGUGCUUGGGGUUGACUGCCUACUCAAAUUCUCACUUGAUGUGUGUGAGGCAAUGGAGUACCUCGAGGCCAAUAACUUUGUGCACAGGGACCUGGCGGCGCGGAACGUUCUGGUAUCCGAUGACAACAUCGCCAAAGUGAGCGACUUCGGUCUGACCAAGGAAGCGUCAUCCACUCAGGACACGGCCAAGCUGCCCGUUAAAUGGACGUCGCCCGAGGCACUUCGAGAGAAGAGGUUUUCCACCAAGUCUGACGUGUGGAGUUACGGUGUCCUUCUGUGGGAGAUUUACUCCUUCGGCCGUGUGCCUUACCCCAGAAUUCCUCUGAAGGAGGUGGUGCCACGGGUGGAGAAGGGCUAUAAGAUGGACGCUCCGGACGGCUGCCCCACAGUGGUGUACGACCUCAUGAAGCAGUGCUGGACCCUAGACCCGGUGAUACGGCCUUCGUUCCGUAUGCUGCGCGAGAAGCUGCAGCACAUCAGAGCUAAAGAACUCUACCUGUGAAGAGAAGGGGUGCCACACCCAGGCUUUUUACCCAGGAGGAGGUGGGGAGGAGGGUAGAGACACAGCAGGCUCCUUCCUCAUCAAGCAGCGUUUCAGGCUCCGGCUUGUCCUUUCAUUCGUUUUUGAGAAUUUUAUUAUUUUUUUGAACUUUUGAUCUGGACACACUUGCUUUGUUUCUGUGGGGAGUGAAAGUGUAUUAGGGGUGUGUGUGUGUGUGUGUGUGUGUGUGUGUGUGUGUGUGUGAUUAAGCACCUAGUGUCCUAAUGGUGCCCUGCCUUCUUUGUGUUUUUUUAUAUUAUACCAUGCUGAUAUUCUUUUGCCUAAAAGUAUUUGCCCAAUACUCUCUCUCUCUCUCUCUCUCUCUCUCUCUCUCUCUAUGGCAUUAACAUGUGGAAGGCUGGCCUUUUCUCCAUUGUUUUGUCGGAUGCAUUUCUCUCUCUCUUCUCUCUCUCCUCUCUCUCUCUCACAUUCUCCAGAUCUCCCAUCUCUCUCUUCCUCCUCCUGUAUCUCGUGGCACAGGCUCUAUCCGCAUGCGCCUCCUCCAUGGUGUAUGUGUGUGUUCACGUGUGAGUGUGUGAGGCGUUCGUUCUGUGCCUGAGUGCCUCCAGAUGGCAGAACUGAUGCCUCUCACGUCCCCCUCCUCUGCCACACUGACUUGUUUUUGUUUUUAUUCCUUUUUUUUAUCAGACUUUUUUUAAGCGAUCGUCAUUUUUGUUGAUUUGUCUGCUGUGUUUAUUUCCUGUCUCUCCACGUCAAACAACAUCUGACCUGGGACAAUUGCAAAAAGCUGGAGCGAUGCACAAAUUCACAAACACGUAAUUGUGUACACACACACACACACACAUUCACACAUGCAUUUCCCAGUAGAGUUCAAACUGCGCCGGCCAAAACAGUACACACCAAGCAGUUUACCCAUAAACCCUCGGGAUGCGGGGGUGGCCUGAAAAUGGCAGAACUCUUUGUGCUUGUUUUAUAUUAAAAUGUAUUUAAAGGACUUUAAAGAAGAACACCUGACAAAAGGCAAAGAAUACUCUUUGUAUACUGACGGCGAUUUGGCGAGUGAGCGAACGAGUGAAAGAGAGAGAGGCCUGGGGUUAAUCUUUCAGUGCUUUCAAUGUUCAUUGUUUGAUUAUGCUGCCAUGAUUACGAAUAAAUCAUUCCAUCAGA